AUGUCAAAUGCAAACUUAUUAAUUAACAAAAUGGACCAAAUCGCUAAGUUUGUGGAACCUGGUAAGCAGUUCGCCAAGGAUUCUAUCCGAUUAGUCAGAAGAUGUACAAAACCAGACAGAAAAGAAUUCCAAAAGAUUGCGAUUGCCACAGCUAUUGGUUUCUGCAUCAUGGGUUUCAUUGGUUUCUUCGUCAAACUCAUACACAUUCCAAUCAACAAUAUAAUUGUUGGAUCU